AAACAUCGAAUUCUUAAAACGUCAAUCAAGGUGUUUUUGUGGCCUCUUCGCUCCAGGAAUUUCUUCAAAAAUAUGGCUUAUCCGGGCUAUCAAGGCGGAUAUGGGGGCUACGGCGGCCAGCAGCAGCCGGGCUACAACCCAACGCAGGGAGGCUACGGAGCUCCGCCACCCAUGAUGGGGGCGCCUGGCGUGAACCCAGAAACGCAGAGAAUCUUUGCCGUGGUGGAUCGAGACAGAUCCGGAAAGAUCAAUGCCGAGGAGUUGCAACACGCCCUGGUAAACGGACGUGGCCAAAACUUCUCAGACACAGCUUGCCGUCUGAUGAUCGGGAUGUUCGAUCAGGAUCACAGCGGAACGAUUGAUGUCCAGGAGUUCGAUAAGCUCUACACUUACAUUAAUCAGUGGCUGAAUGCCUUCAAGAGCUACGAUCGCGAUGGCUCUGGCCACAUUGACGAGGGCGAGCUGAACUCCGCCUUCCAGCAGAUGGGAUUCCGGUUCUCGCCCAACUUCGUGCAAUUCCUUGUGCACAAGAGCGAUCCGAAGAACCACCGGGAAAUCUCUGUUGACCAGUUCAUAGUGCUUUGCGUGCAGAUUCAGCGCUUCACGGAGGCUUUCAGGCAGCGCGACAACGAGCAGAAGGGCAUUAUUCAGAUAUCCUUUGAGGACUUCAUCUCGGUGGCUCUCAGCUGCUCCACGUAAUCUCAUUCCGAGCUCUGCACACCACCUGACAUUCACAAGGAAAUGCUUUUGAAGUUACGCGCCAAUAAAGAGCCCUUUUGGGCUGUGACCUUGA